UCCAAUAUUGCCGUCAGCAGCAUCUCCUUCCCAAAGCAGCCUUCUUGGCGGAUUGCUACGAAUAUAUCUCCAAAAGCGCCAAAUCUUCCAGUGAUUCCAUCAAGUCCCACCAGUUUUCACAUUUCUAUCCCCCCAUUGCGGCUAUCCUGGUCUUGCCUGAUGCGCUUUUCCCCUUUCGUGCCCUCUAUUAUGUAGCGUUUACUGAAAAGCAAGGACUCCUAGGUUUGGCCGAGAUGGUUACAUACCUUCCCGUCUCCUCUCCUUUUAUCCAUUUCGCUGGCCGCUAUGUCGACGAAGCCUUUGGGGUAGCAGCCGGCUGGAAUUUUUUCAUCUUUGAAGCUGCUAUGGUGCCAUUCGAAAUCACCGCGUGCAAUAUAAUUAUCACCUACUGGAGCGAUGCGGUCCCAACGGUUGCAAUCAUAUUUAUCGUGCUUGUGCUGUUUAUACUUCUGAAUGUCUUCGCCGUAAACUACUAUGGCGAAUCUGAGUUCUGGCUUGCCUUAGGGAAAGUUCUACUUAGUAUAGGCUUGAUCUUUUUCACAUUCAUUGCGAUGCUGGGCGGCAACCCCCAGAAUGACCGAUUCGGAUUUCGCUACUGGAAAAGCCCUGGCUCGUUUGCAGAAUUCUAUGAAACAGGGGAUCUAGGACGAUGGAUGGGAUUCCUUGCUUGCUUGAUCCAGGCCAGUUUUACUAUUGCCGGCCCUGAUUAUGUGUCAAUGGCUGCGGGAGAAACGGAAAACCCGCGAAAAGUUUUGCCCAAAGCAUAUAAUGGCGUCUUCUACCGACUCACGUCGUUCUUCAUGCUGGGAGCAUUAUGCGUGGGUAUUUUGGUCCCUUACAAUGACCCGACUAUGGUCAAUGCUUUCGAAAAUGAUCUACCUGGCGCAGCCGCAUCGCCAUAUGUCAUUGCGAUGGACAGACUGGGCAUUCCAGUCCUACCCCAUAUUGUCAAUACCAUGGUCCUCGGGGCCGCCUUCAGUGCCGGAAAUAGCUAUGUUUAUUGCGCCAGUAGAUGCUUGUAUGGUCUUGCGCUGGACAACAAAGCACCGAAGCUUUUCAGGAAAUGCACCAAAAAUGGUGUUCCCAUAUACUGUGUGGGACUCGUCUUGCUGAUUGCGCUGCUUGCCUUCUUGCAAGUCUCUAACAGCGCAGCAGUCGUGCUUCAAUGGUUCGUCAAUUUGGUCACUGCCUCACAGUUGAUUAAUUUCUCGGUUGUUACGUUUUCCUAUACCCGGUUCAGGAAAGCGCUCAUAGCGCAAAACGUCCCUCGCAGUUCACUCCCAUAUCAAAGUGUCGGUCAGCCAUACGUUGCCUAUACUGCCCUGAUCUGUACGACCGUCAUGGCAUUCGUAGGUGGCUACACCGUCUUUCUACCUGGAAACUGGGAUAUUCCGACAUUUUUCUUCUCAUAUACAAUGAUUGGAGUAUUCCCGCUCAUUUUCGUCGGAUGGAAGCUUUGGCACAAAACCCAAUUUCGGAAGCCCGAAGAAAUUGACCUCAAAACUGGACUCGAUGAGAUUGAGGAGUAUGAGAGAAACUAUAUCCCGUUGCGCGCAAGCAAUGUGUUCUCGAGGUUUGCUGAUUGGGUUUUCGGUUAAGUCGGUAUGUACAUACGGUAAGUGCCUAUGUUCUUGGGUGGCCUAUUGUUCUAGAAGUUCAGCUGUAUGACCUUACGAAUUGAAUGGUGUGGCAUGUCAAUAUCGCUUGAGCAACCCUCGUUGUAAAAUCCCAUUAAAAUUAUAUUUGUG